GUCGGAGCUGCCCCGAGCUCUGUUUGCCCCCUUCCCCCCUGCUGGGAGCCCUCGGGCCCGGCACAGGCGGUUGCACGUUGGUGGUGCUGCGGUGGGGCCUUAGGGAGCGUUUGAGGCAGGUGUUCGCUUAUGUUGCUGCUGUAGGAUAUAGCGGCCAAAACCAGGUACUGUGUGCUUUGGGUGCUCUGGGGGCGUAGUAGUUGCGGGCACGGUUGUGCAGCCUCGGUACACGCAACUACUCCCUCAGCUAAGCAGAAGCUGCGGCCUUUUAGCCCACGGUGAUCGUCAGGUGCCGACGGCCGUGACGCGUUGCCGCCAAGCCCUGCCCUGAGGCUCGAGAUAGCAGAGGUAUCGGUCGAGAUAGCGGUCGGGCCCGAAGCUCUCAGCUCCAGUGCCACAGGAGCGAGCAGGUCUGUGUUGUGGAUGGGGCCUUCUGCUUCUGUUCACCAAUGAUAGAACGUCAUCUCAGCUUGAAAGAAAAUGUCUACACCUAAUGUCACAGCAAGAGUGGAAACCUGGCUUUCAUCUACAUGGCACGUUAAAGUUCCUUUGACGUGGCUGGAAGCAUGUAUUAAUUGGAUUCAGGAAGAAAAUGGUGGUGGCAACUUAAGUCAAGCUCAAAUUAACAGGCAGGUGUUUGAGCAAUGGCUGCUUACAGACCUAAGAGAUUUGGAAUAUCCGGUUUUGCCUGAUGGUAUCUUAGAUGCCCCCAAAGGAGAGUUGUCUGGCUUUUAUUCCCUGCAGAUUGACUCGUUGCUUGAUGUUAGCCAACCGGCAUAUUCCCAGUUGCAGAAGAUAAGAGGGAAAAGUACUGUAAAUGAAGAAGUAACAGCCAAUACUCAGGCAUUCCAGAAGCCCUGGGAAGCAAAGCCCACCCGAAUGCUGAUGCUGCAGCUAACUGAUGGGAUACAUCAAAUCCAGGGCAUGGAGUAUCAGCCAGUGCCUGUCCUCCAUAGCAGCCUUCCACCUGGAACAAAAAUCACUGUGCAUGGUAAUGUUGCCUAUCGUCUUGGAGUCCUUUUGCUUAAACCAGAAAAUGUAAAACUGUUGGGUGGUGAGGUGGAUGCUCUUCUGGAGGAGUAUUCUCAGGAAAGGGUCCUUGCUAGAUUACUUGGAGAAGCUGAGAACCCUGAUUCUGUUGGACAACCUGGUCAUGAACAAAUUGUUCCAGGUCCUGUGGAUGAAUUAGGACAAACUCUAGGCCCUUCAGAUGAAGAGCUCUUGGCCAGUCUUGAUGAAAAUAACGAUUUUAUUUUAAACAAUGAAACACCUUUAGAUAGUGGGUACUGCAGUAGGAGCAACAAUUUUAGUACAGCCUCAGGUUCACUCACUACACACAAUGAAAAUACUUUGCAACAGGAAUCAGUAAAUCUUUUGCCUCAUUCAGAUGAACAAACUCCACCUCCUAUGGAGUAUGACGAUGCCUUUUUAAAUGACUUUCCUUUGGAAGAUGACAUCCUUCUGGAAGAAGAGAUCCAAAGAGAGCUAGAAGAAGUGCCGUCAGUUGCCAGGAAUGGAAAUGUAAAUUUAAGUACUGAGAGAAUUCCACAUAUGUACCAAAGCUCCCGUGGUCCAUCUUUAAAUGAAACUUCUGGAAAAGAUGAUGGAUAUGAAAAGGAGAAGCCUGUAGAAGUUACCAGCGAGCAAAAAAAUCUUGGAAGAACAGUAUCCACUGGAGAUAGAACUAGUACUAGUGGCUUUUUACAGUGUAACAGUGUAUCUCAGGUCUGCAGCUCUUCUGGAACUGCCCUUCUGGAAGUUUCUCAUGAGGAAAGACAGGAUGAUUUAGGCCUGGAUGAGAGCAGCUGUCAAUCCCAUCAUGCUCCUGACAGCAGGCAGUUGAACAAGGAUCCUGUACCUUUCUCAAAAACUGAUUCAGAAGCAGAUCAGCAGGCCAUUCUUUGCAGACCAGAAAAUGCAUGUGAUCUCGAUUUAGAUUCUCCACCUUUCACAUACAUUUCCCUUCUCCUUGCAAAAAAGCCAGAAACUGUUACAGUUGUGAAAGUGAAGUGUUUUAUUGUAACUCUUACUGGAAAUCUCACAAGCAGUAAUGGGUCCUGGGGUAUAAAAGCUAAAGUUUCCGAUGGCUCUGCUUACCUUGAAGUAGAUUUUGCUGAUGAUAUUCUAACAAGUUUGAUAGGAUUUUCAGUGCCUGAAAUGCAUAUGUUGAGAAAAGAUCCAGCUUUACAACCAAAGCUUAAGGAUGGUUUAGAAAGAUGUCAGAAACAAUUGAUAGAUCUCUGUUGUUUGAUGACUAUAGAGUUUAAUCCGUUUCAGUCUAAAGCCACUGUCUUAGUUCUACAGGAUACUGAUGCAAGACAUCUAGAACAACUGAAGAAACGUUUAAGUAAGGAACAUGUGCAGAGCUACUGACCUAACAGAAACAUUUAAGUUAAUAUUUCCUCCAAGAGUUGAAAGUUUAACAUUUUGAAUUUAAGUGGCAUGCCUUUUCUUUCAGAGAAAGUUGUAGAAAAAUGAGAAGAGAGGAUGAAUUGAUGGGAAAGAAUUUAGCACUGUGCUUCUUAAGUGACAGCAUUGAAAUACAUUUUCACAUAGUUCUGGCUUUAUUUUAAAACGUUCAUGUAUCCUUCUAAUUCAGCAAAAUCUUCUGUGUUCUUGACUGGUAUUCUGUAGGAGCAGAUUUUGUCAGGAAAUGAAUAAUAAAGAACAAACCUGCUCAUUCUUACUCUUUCUCAAGGAUGAAUUCUUACCUGAUAUUUAAAAGGUAUCAGUGGAGGAAAGCAGUUGAAUAAAUCACGAUAGAAUUAUUGUUUAGGUGUGAUCACUUCUGAAUAUGCCAGCUUGAAAACUUGAGUGGAUAGUGUUUGUGCAAGAGCCUGAAUAAUAGAGAAGUGGAAGAUUUUUUUUUCUAAAUAUUCAGGUGUAGGAAAACCCAAAAAACCUAUGUAUACAUAAAUGGGAUUAAAAAAAAAACAAACAAAACACUUUUUAAAAAUAUUUGGCAAAUUAAAAAAUAUAUUUUAUUAGCAGAAAAUAAUUAUUUUAACAAAUAUGUUUCUAUGUUUUGACAUGUUAAUCAUUGCUAAUAUUUUUGAACCCAGGCAAACUUAUUCAUUAGCUCUUACAGUGUUUAUUAGUCUAAUCUCUCCAAGUAUUGUUAAAUGCUUGUGCUACAAAUCUCUCUUUUUUUUUUUUUUAUCUCCUUUGUUUUGUAUUUCUGCUUUUAGAGUGCAUAAAAGUAAACAUUAAACUUUUUGUAUAAAUUUUGGUGAAUGCUGUUCUGUCACCUUCAGAGCAAAAUUGCAAGUCUUUUUGAGUGUAUAGAGAAUGAGAAAUAUUUUUGUUUGGUUUCCUUUCCUUCUUCCCACUCUUUAACCUUCAUUUUGCUGUAUGAAAUGAGUAGAAUUCUGAAUUCUUCUAGGAGCAGUGUGAUGACAGCAGAAGUUUGUGCACUGAGAACUUGCUGAGAAUGUAGAAUGGAUAGUGAAGAGAGGGAUUUUUCAUUUGGGUUGUCAUUAGUUAAGUUUUUCAUAGCCUUUUCUCUUUCUAAACCACGGCUGCUAGAACUUUGGAAGUUGCUCUGAGAGUCUGUCAGUAUUGUUUCCCUGCUUUGCCCCCAGUUGAGAGUUUUUCUUCAGGACUCCAAGGGACUUAAAGAAAAGUAGAGAUGAUUUACUAAAUAAGAUAAAAAAUGGCUGCAGAUGGAGAAAGGGAAAGUUUUGUGAGGCAAGGGCCUUUUUAUGCCUUUUUGUUUCCAACAACUUAGAAAUUUAUGAAUUCCUGUGUUGCUUUUUACUUCCUCUGCUUCCCUUUCUCUCUCCACUCUGAAGAGAAUCUGAGCAUACCAUAACCCUGUUAGCUGUCUGUUUUUUAUAUUCUUGUCUGUUGAGAGUUGUGUGUCAUUUAGAAUUGUAAUAGCAAAAAUCUAGAUUGAUAUGAAUAAUCAAUUUUUGAAGCAACUGAAGCUCCGGCAUUAUAAUGUGUUUGUUAAUAGGGAACUGACCAAGCUUCAUCUCAGGCAAUUCCCUUAAAAUGUAAUACAGAUGACUAAUCUAAGGUAGUUUUAUGGAAAACUUUUACAUUUAUUGAAGUUGGGGGAAUUACUUAAUUUUAUUUGAGAAGUUAACUUUAUCAUGAAAAAGAAGUCUUUUAAGUUUGAGCGAAACAAACUGUCCACGCAUAUUCUACCAAUGAAAUGCAAGAGCAAACCAUUCAAAGCACUUAAAGUAAGUGUUAUCAUUGUCUGAGCUGAUCACCUCAAGUCAAACUUUCACUCUUCCUGCAUUUGCAUUUUUCUUCUGCUGAAAGAAGUUCAUAUGCGUCCCCCCCUCCCUUGGCCUUCUCCCUGCUGGAAAGAGACAAUGUUACUUGCCAGAUCUGUUCCCUCUCGCCUCCUGCCCCACACCUAAGUCUUCAGCUUCUGAAUAUCCUUUUCCUGGAAGGCUUCUGUGCAUGUUGUCAAGUGUAUGCAACAAUAUAAAUCUCAGUACUGCUGUCCGUUCAGUGCUUCACUGCUCAGCAGUACAGUUCAGUACGAUUUUCAGACAUGUGUUGAUUUCUGAUCUGUGUUUAAGAAUUAAUGACAAAUAUUAUGUUUUGUUUUGUUUUCAGAUAAGAAAAGAAAUAAAAUUUCAGCAUACUUAAUUAACAGGAACAAAAGAAGCAGUGACAUAACUGGUUGUGUGCACCUAUAGUUAGUUCGUGCACAAUUCACUUUAUUGGCGAUUGGAACCAACUUUGCUAUUUCUGAUCACAAUGCUUAUGUGCCGUGAGUACAUAUGAUGUAUGUAUGUUGCCUUUGCAUGCCAAGCACUGAUGCAUGUCUGUCUUUCGAUAAUCAGAAUUCUUACAGGUCAGGUAAGCAAACAGGCUGCAACCUCCCAUCUGUGUUUGUGAUCAAGAAGAGAGGUGUGAAUGCACUUUGCUUGGAAGUGGUUCAGAAUUCUGUUACAAGCUGAUGAAGAUGAUAGUCAAUAUAAGUCAAAAGCUGCAUGUAGCGUUCUGUCAGAAAGCAGCUCCUGCUCUUUCUGUCCUCUCUUCUUUUCACUCUUCCUUAACUGUGCCCUACUUUUUUUAAGGAUAUUCACUCUCACAGUAGCAUAAAGCAGUAGCUAGACCAAAGGAUGUGGCAGGUUUCUAAAUAGAAUAGGCCUCAAAAACAGUUUGGGGACUAGUCUAAUCCUAUUGGAUACAAGUUUUUCCACGAUGAUGCAUGUCACUGUAACCUGACAAUGUGGUCUUGUUGAAUGAAGGCAGCAUCCCAGGGAAGGAAGAAACAGCCUGUUGUGAUAAUAUCGCCUUGAAGUGCCAGUUAGUAAUGGUAAAGCACUUCCGAAAGGAUGUGCUUAAUGACUCCAUCUAAGAGCAUUUCAGUGACUUCAUGCUGAAAGAAUGGUAUUUCAGGUCAUAUCAGUAAGAGAAGUUCUCAUAAAAGCUAAGUGGCGAAUCGUAACAUUUGGUACCAGGCAUAUUUCUUAGUGUCUUGUUAUAGUAAUGUCAAGUAUUUCUGUUUAGAAUAAAAUGCCAGUAACGUCAAGUCUUUCUUGGUAGGUAGUUAAGAAUGAAUUACAGCAGAGUGUUUCUGAGUUAUCCUAGUGGGUAGCAAACUUUAAUGUAUUUACCUGGGAGAAAAGGGCAAAAAGGACUUCAAAAUGUAAAUAGUACUUCUUAUUUCAGAUCCAGAAUUCUCUGCAUUACAGUCCCCGAAGAAAUGGAACAGCAGAACAACAACAAUGACAGAAAUGGGAGGUAGGGUCAGCUUGACACUGCAAUUUUGUUAAGUUCCACAGAAAAGGCACAAGUUUCCUACAUAUCAACUUCUGCUAUCCGUGUACAGACUUCUGUAUUAGUAUGUCUCUACUAAAUCCUUUUUCCUUAAGGGUUGUUUUUUUGUUGUUUUUUUUUUUCUUUUUCCCUGCUUACACUGGGUUUUCCAACAUGGCAAAGCUGUAGUGUGUUCCUGUCAGAAUCUGUCCUGCUUUUGUUUCUUAGACUGAAGAAACUUAUCCUCUCCAGGGAGUGAUGUGUGCUUCAGUCCCCUGACCACCUUGGCAGCCUACUGCUGGACAUGCUCCAGUGUUUUUUUUAUGCUACUGAGCUCAAAAUAGGACACAGUGCUCCAAAUGUGGUCUCACAAAGCACUGAAAACAGGAAGGAUUGCUUUCUUGAAGCUGCUUGCUGCCGUCCAGUAAAGCUUGGUAUACAAUUAGUUACCCUAACUGUAAGGACACUAUGCUUCUUAUCUGCCUUGUCUUCUGCAGUAUGCAGCGCUGCCUUUCUGCAGAUCCUGAUAAUAGAACUGGGGAAGUGUGAGGCAGGAAGCAGACCUUAAUCCUCGAGAAACAAGACUUGAAACAAACAAAUGAAAACUACUGAGUACCUCAAUCGUUCCCAUGUACUUUGUCCUCUCUGAUUCAGUGGUGAGCUCCCAUUUUUCACCAUCCCUGAAUAUACUUAUAGAAAUGCUGUUUGCUGCCAUGCUCAUCCUUGUGUACUUUCCUAGUGUCCCUACAGUUUUCCAGAAGUUCCUUCCAUGUGCUUCCUUAGUCACACUGAGUUCAGCCAGGGUCUGCCUGCUCAACCCUCUGUGGCACCUGCUUGGUGUUUGGUGCUUUUCUAGGCCUGCUUCAGAGAAGUUGUCCUAGGGAAGCAGCUUGUGGGCCUGCCCCAAGCAGGGGGCAGUCUCUCACUGAAUCCAGGUAGAUACCUAAGUGAGCUUCAAACUGAUUUCCAGAAGCUCAGAAUUAUAACUCUUUUACCUUGCUCACUACUUGAAGCAUUUUAAACCACACAGUAUCAGGAUCACUCAGCCAGGCCUAUCCUCAGCUGUGCCUAUCUUGAGGUCUUGUCUAUGAGGCUCAGGUCCCUCAGAGCAUUGUCUGCCAUCCAUUCACUGUUCACCUGCAUCUUUGUACCUGUAUAGCUGAUGUAAGUUGUUUAGGGGAAGGUUUUGUAUUGUAACACAAUUCACCAUAAUGAUGGGUUUAAACUAGCUUUUGUAGUCUGAGUACUGGAAGAAUCUACCACUGAACAGCAAGAGAAGUUGCGUAAAAGACAAUGGCAAUAUGCAGUCUCUUGUUUUGUGCUAGAUGAAUUUUUAGAAAAUAUAACUUUUCCACUAUUUUCAAAGACAGUCAACUGAUUUCAACAAAGUUUUUAGAAUAUGAAAAUGGUCAGCCCACAGGCAAAUACCCUUUCAUCAGUAAUACAGCCUGACUGGAUAAGCAGCUGGAAAAGAUGUUUGUAGGAGGAAUGACAGGCCUGAGACUUUUACAGGCAAAGGAAUUUCCCUAGUUCCUGAGGAAGUUCUCACAAGUUCAUUUGCCAAAGAAAAGAAAUCUACUUCAACUUGGUGGCUACUGAAAGCAAGGUAGGAAUUUGAGUCUGAGUAGCUGAAUGCAUCUAAUUUUCAGCUCUUGAGCGCCUUGUUGGUAAUUGGGGUGGGAAUUUGGAAAUAUUUGGUAUUUAGUGCUGUAUAAAUGAGCAUCUAUGCCUGCUUCAGAACCACCUAACUCUUUGAAGAAGUUCUGCUUAGAGAUUGUGCAGUUAACCCAGCUGGCAUGAACCACCCUGACACAUUACACGUGUUCUUUUUGUAUCUCUUUGGAAUUUUGUCCUUAGAUGAGAAAAGCCUUCCUUGGGAGAGGGGGAGGAGUGGGGAGGAGGAAGUGGCAGGUUAUUAUUUCUGCAUAAAGGGUCAAGGGGUUUUUAUAAUGAUGUUGAUAAUUACAGAACAGCAAUGAGGCAGUAAAUAACAGCCUGAUCUUAAAGUACUGGCAGAAUCAUAGCCUCUUUCACAGAGAUCUUUUUAGAUUAAAAAAAAAAUCCUAAAACAUUGAGGUGAAAAUAUGUACGUAUAAGAGAGUCUGUAACAGGAAAGAAUGUGAUUUAUGGUCGUUAUGAGGAAAUGUUCUACACCAGCAGCACUGAGGAAGAAAUAACUGCAAUUACAAGCUAAAUGUUUGCAGCUGACUUUUCUGCAUGUAAGACAAUUUCACUUAAUAUUUACCAUUACAGUACAAUCAUUAUUUAACAAAUGUAUAGUGUGUAUAAAGUACAGACAAGAAUAUUACUAAUUGCCUGAUUUGUAGUUAUUUAUUUUACAGACCAGUGCUGCUGACUACCUAAGCACAUACUUAAAUAAUUUACCUCCAGUUAGAAGUGUUAGUGUAGUUACCCUCGCACAGAUUCUCACAAGAAAACAUUAUUAAGUAGAAUGAGUAAGUAAAGAUCUACUUUUAACUUAAAACAUUCAGAAAUAGUCCAGUAGAUACAUGCUGUGAAAAGAUGUGCUUUUCCCUUUAACUUACAGAUCAAUUAUUCUUGAGUACAAAAAGUGACAAAAAAUACCCUUGAGCUGCCCAAGAGUUGCCAGGAUAUGUGCAGCAGGAACCUAUGUAUAAAAAUAAAAUGAAAGAACAAAAAAAUAUUUCUUAAAAGUACUUUAAAUUGUGCAAGGAUGCUGAAGGAAGAUUUACUUUUUAUUUUAGCAGUCACUAGGAAAGCAUGUGUUCAGCUGCAAAGCUAAUAGGCAUGAACUGUUAAAUACUGUAAUGUGAUCACAUUCAUUAAUGAAGGCAAAGCCAACACAGGAGGAAAGGAGAUGUUUUAACUAUAGAAUGUGUUGCUAUUUGUGAAGGGAAAUGAGUUUGAUAUUACAUUAUAUUUUUAAUAACUACGUUAGCUUUUAUUUAUAACCUUAUUUUCUAAUACAAGCUUUGUAGAGCACAAAUCUUAUUUAACAUAAAGUAAGACAGAAACAGUGUAUUUUGCUUUCUCCAGCAAAAUACUAUAUCUACAAUUUUUAUUGGUACUGGUGAUGAUAAAUGACUAAUCACAAGGGAGAACAGAAUAUGUUCUCAGCAGGUAUAGACAACCAGUUAGGCAAAUAUUACUUUCCAGAUUCCAUUUUAAACUCCUAAUUUAGUUAUCGUUCCUCAACUUCUGCCAUUUGCAGACAGAACUGGGAGUUAGUUUGAUCUCAUGAUAUUUUCAAAGUGGCCUUUAUGAAGUUAAUGAACAAUAUAUUAGGUCCUGCAAAAAUCAAGAUGUGAAAUAAGUAAUACUUAGCUGUGAGUAUUCAUAAUUACUGAUACGUAAGCAUCAGUCUUCACAGGCAGAUGCAAAUGUACAAAGUGAAGCAUGACUGUUUAUUUAUCUAUUAUUAUGUUUUUUAAAAUAUUUUCCUAACUGUAGUUUAUUCUUGUGCUGCUUCAACUGUAUGGUCUGGACCAAACCCACUUUUUUGUAGGCAUGAAAUAACUAU